GCCAGUUACCUUAGAGUACUGAGAACUCUGGUGCCUGUGCUCCUGCACCUGUGAGCUACAGGAUGGGGAAUCCCAAGUUGGAGAUUAUCCUCGGCCACAGUGAGUCUGAGGCCAGCCUGGGCUAGGUGAGACCUUGUCUCAAAAAUACUGAGAAUACUCCCUGUGCUGCGCCCAUUUGCUCUAGAAAGAGCUGGAAGGGAAGAUCUCAGGUCCUGGGACUGCUGGCAUACAAUUUUGCUAACAAUUCCUUCAAUUUGCAACGUUUCAAGAAGAAAAAUUGCAUUUCCUACCAGAAAGCGGAUAGCUGUCUAAUGAGAGAGAGAUAGGUGGUGGCUUCUGUCUUUCUCUAGUGAAUAUAUUUUGCUGUCAACAGAUCUGGAAGGUGGAGAAGGGGCCGGACGGGAAAGCCGUUGUGGAAUUCCUCUCCAAUCUUGCUCGGCACACCAGAGCUGUCAAUGUUGUGCGUUUUUCUCCAUCUGGGGAGAUCUUAGCAUCUGGAGGUGAUGAUGCUGUCGUUCUCUUGUGGAGGAUGAAUGAUAACAAGGAGCCAGAGCCGAUCACCUUUCAGGACGAGGAUGAGGCUCAGUUGAACAAGGAGAACUGGACUGUGAUAAAAACCCUGAGGGGCCACUUAGAAGAUGUGUGCGAUAUUUGCUGGGCAAAUGAUGGGACUCUGAUGGCCUCUGCCUCUGUGGAUAACACAGUUAUCAUAUGGGAUGCCAGCAAAGGACAGAAAAUUUCCAUUUUCAACGAGCAUAAAAGCUACGUACAAGGAGUUACCUGGGACCCUUUGGGUCAAUAUAUUGCGACCCUGAGUUGCGACAGAGUGCUUCGGGUCUAUAGCACCCAGAAGAAGCGUGUGGCUUUCAACAUUUCAAAGAUGCUAUCUGGACCAGGGUCUGAAGGAGAGGCAAGAAGUUUCCGGAUGUUUCACGAUGACAGCAUGAAGUCAUUCUUCCGUAGACUCAGUUUUACACCAGAUGGAUCUUUGCUUCUCACUCCAGCUGGAUGUGUGGAAUCUGGUGAAAAUGUGACAAACACAACGUAUGUGUUCUCCAGAAAACACCUGAAAAGGCCGAUUGCCCACCUACCGUGUCCCGGGAAAGCAACCCUGGCUGUCCGCUGCUGUCCCGUCUACUUUGAGUUGAGGCCAGUGCCAGAAACAGAGAGAGCAUCAGAGGAGCCCAGCCCCGAGCUGGUGAGCCUGCCCUACCGUAUGGUGUUUGCCGUGGCCUCCGAAGACUCUGUGGUGCUGUAUGACACACAGCAGCCUUUCCCAUUUGGCUAUGUGUCUAACAUCCAUUACCAUACCCUGAGUGACAUCUCCUGGUCCAGUGACGGAACCUUCCUGGGCAUCUCCUCCACGGAUGGUUAUUGCUCCUUUGUGACCUUUGAGAAGGGUGAACUUGGCAUACCUCUGAAAGAGAAGCCGGUUUUGAACAUAAGAACCCCUGAUACAGCAAAGAAAACCAAGAGCCAGACACACCAGGGGUCUUCGCCAGGACCCAGAUCCGCCGAAGGAACCCCCACCUGCAGACUUCAAGACCCCAGCAGUCCCAGCACCACCCCCUCACCAACAACACAGUCUCCAGCUCCAUCUGCCAUUAAGGACAGUCCCUCAGCCACCCCUGCUGGCAAAAGCCCCUUGCCACGGCCUCCUGAGGAGAAGACCCUGCAGCCUGCUAGUCAAAACACAAAAGCUCCCCAACCCCAGAGGGUGACACUCAACACGCUACAGUUCUGGGGCAAGACACCCCCCCGGAGAAUAAACUUAACGCCGUUAAAGGCAGACACUGCGCCAAGUCCCCUGCCCACCGGUGGAACCACCACCCCCUCCACAGAAGAGACGGAGCCAGGUACACAAAUGGAAGAAACAGUCCUGCUAGCCUCGGACCUGUGCAAUACUCAGCCCCAGCUGGAGGACCUGGACCACUUCUACCCUCCCGAGUCACAGGCUGCCAGAUUGGUCUCCACCCUCCCUUUGGCUUCUCUUUCGUCUGUUCGACCACCAGGGCCAUGCAACUGCCUCUCUGAUUUCCAGUUGGAGUGGGGUGUCCUUGCCAGUCUUUCAUUGCGUAGGUUGUUCUCAGGGCAAGCACUCUGCAGUCCAUGUUUAUGGCCCAAGGCCACAACCAAGGGUGAGUUGAGGGGAGUCGUGCGGGAACCUGGAGGCAGGAGCUACUUCCUGGCUUACUCCUCAUGGCUUGCUCAGCCUGCUUCUUAUAGAUCCCAGGACCACCCGCCCAGGGACGGCACCGCCCACCAUGGGCUGGGUCCCCCCCCCCCCAGUCACUAAUUAAGAAAAUGCUUGCCUACAGCCAGAUCUUCCAGAGGCAUUUUCUCAACUGAGGGUCCCUCCUCUCAGACGACUUUAACUUGUGUCAGGUUGGCGUGAGCUGUGCAGACAGUGAUGUAAGCUUCAGCCGCUGCAGCUGACUGCGCAAUUCUCGCAACUCUCCGUUUGGCCAAAGUCUCAGCUGUGUGUACGGUGGCUCCCAUGGCAGUCUGAGCACUCACUCCUGGGUUCUUUUAUUUAUCCAGUUCUAGCUGGGUCCUGUGGCCUCAAGUCAUUCAUCAUAGUCUGCUUUCUCCUCUGCAUAACUCAGUGUGUUAAUACCUUCUGGUCUGCUCACAAAGCCAGUUAAAUCAAGCUCUGCCCCUCCCUUCACACACAUUUGCACUUACAAAAAUACCCCCCAGCAGGCCAAUCUGUUACAAAUGCUGACAUAGAUUUUUAAUAAAAUAUUCAACAAAAGGUCACAUAUAAGUAUGCCCAAUAAAAAAUGAAUUUGCUUUUUUAAA